GCCUCCGUUGUUGGAGCACCAAGCAGAGUGCCCACAGCCAGCUCACAACAAAACAAGCCAAGCACCAAGAACACGCCUAUAUAUCCCCUCAGCCUUCGAGCGCCAUGAAACUUCUGCACCACCUCCUUGUGAGUGCUGCGCUCAUGGCGACUACGACUACCUCAGUUGCAGCUCAAGAGCUCGAUGUGAGCGAUUUCGGAUCUGGAAGCUCCGAAGAUACGACGAAAUUUCUCCGUGGUUCCGAUCCAAACUACGAUGAUGUCGAGCUCUACACUUUCCCCGACGAGGAUGAAGACGCAAUGGCACUUAUCCCUGCUGCGGCGGUGGAAGUUGAGAUCGACCUGGACGACGACGGUGAAGGUAUCGAAGUCGAGUUUGUCCCAGUCCAUGAAGAAAGCGACCCUGCGAUGGUCCCUACAAUCUUGAUCAAGAUCGACGAUUCUGAACUUGUUCUGGAUGAUGACGGCGAAGACACUGUCCAAGAACAGAUCAUGCCUGAGGACAACGAGGCAGAAUAUGACCGUCACCUGCGAAACUUGGUUGAUCCGGCUCCGGCAGGCCAGAUUCAGCUCGCAGAGACAACAGCUCCGACGGAAAAGGUUACACCUCCGUCGAACCUUGAGAAGCCAAACCUGCGUGGAGGAGCGCACUAGGCAAGGACAAGGUGAAGGGGGUGGAUCUCAAACAAUAUUAGAGCCACCACAUGCGUCGUUCGCUCGUAUAUAGCGCUGUAACUCACUAUAAGAUAUAUAAACUCCACUAUCGUGGUUCUUCUUCAGAGACGUUUAGUGCAUCGUAUUAUACGAUUCGUGUAUAAGCAAAACCAUUUAUUGAGUAAAAUGCGCUUUUCAAUUCGGA